GGUAGGAGGAGGAGGUGUGAGCAAGGUGUGCAUGUGUGUGAAAGAGAGAGAGAGAGAGAGGAUGCAGCGCGAUGGAAGAGAUGGGGAAUGUUAUAUUCAGAUACUGCUUCCCCAGUGUCUGAGUGCCAUCUGGAUAGCAGCUGGCAGAUGUGAGUGAAGCGGAAAGCCAGCGAGUUUGAAGGAAGAUGCAAGUUUCUCACUGGUUCGCCCUCUUUCCCCUCCAGCUCAGCUUGUACCUGGUUGCAUUUUCACAUGGAAGUACAUCAAAUGACACUGAAGAUGUGAAAUUCAGAGGAUCAAAAAGCACACAAAAGCAUGUCUUAAUAAAAAGCAACAAGAUAUCGCCCCUAAGCCAAUGGAUGAUGCAAACUCUGCCAAGUACAGGGAAUUCGACACUACUGGGAUUUCAAUACUCCUCACCAGUCUCUUACACCAAACAGGAUCUUUGGGAUUGGUUGGGAAAUGUAUCAGAUCAACAUGAAGACCCCCAGUCUAGAGUGAAGAGACGUCCAAUUGUUAAAACGGGAAAAUUUAAGAAAAUGUUUGGAUGGGGUGAUUUUUAUUCAAACAUCAAAACCGUGAAAUUAAACCUCCUCAUCACUGGAAAAAUUGUAGACCAUGGAAAUGGUACGUUUAGUGUGUACUUCCGCCACAAUUCCACUGGCCAGGGAAAUAUAUCAGUCAGCCUUGUGCCACCUACAAAAGCGGUCGAAUUUGACCUGGCUCAACAAACAAUAAUUGACGCCAAAGAUUCAAAAAUAUUUAACUGCCGUGUCGAAUAUGAAAAAAUUGACAGAGCGAAAAAGACUGCUCUAUGUAAUUAUGACCCAUCCAAGACUUGUUACCAGGAACAGACACAAAGCCAUGUCUCCUGGAUCUGUUCCAAACCCUUUAAAGUUAUAUGUAUCUACAUUUCAUUUUACAGCACAGACUAUAGACUGGUGCAGAAGGUGUGUCCUGAUUAUAAUUACCACAGUGACACACCUUACUUUCCAUCUGGAUGAAGCAGAGGGGUGCUGGGGAAAUGUAUUUUUUUUAACAAUAUGUGGAUUUGGAGUGAUUAGCAGGUUGACUCACACACUAAAGGUUUUGGUGAUAACAA